UAUUUUGUUUUGAACAACAACUAUUAAUUAAUUAGUACGUUCUCAAAUAACGUUAUAUUGUUAACUAAUUAACUAUUUGAAAUUAGAAUAAAGGCAACCACAGAAAUGAAUAUAACGAACAAAAAUUAUAACGACGAAAUCGAUCAAAUCAUAUACAACUUAAAGCAAUGUUCUUUUGUGGGUUUUGAUGCGGAAUUCAAUGGAUUGCUCACUGGAGAACGGUUUAAACACAGGUUGUUUGACAGCUGCAAAGAUAGAUAUGACAAUAUUAAGAACGAAAUGAGCAACAUGGUUAUUACUCAAGUUGGUCUAACUCUAUUUCAAUAUAACCGAGACUUGGAAAACUACACGGCUACGGUGUACACAUUCCAUUUGUGUCCACAAGUUGUGGGAGAAAUAGACCAGAGUUUCACUUUUCAUGCAUCAUCCCUGCAGUUCCUAUGUAGACAUAACUUCAAUUUCAAUAAGUUUAUUUAUGAUGGAUUGCCAUAUUUGAAUAGAGAAGAGGAAGAAUAUGUCCGUAAUCAACUGAAGAAGAAAACAUUAUUCAAUGAGCUGUACCACAGUCUGGAUAUAGAUGUUGAGAAAAUACUUAAACAAAUAUCUUCAGAUAUAUCCAAAUGGCUUAUAGCAAAUGAAGAGAACACAAUAUAUUUUGAUGUAGGCAACCCUAUAAUGAGGUACCUGGCACACCUGCAGAUCCGAGAAAGGUUCCCGGACUUACUCACAACAGAUAGCUUAGGUAAUAGCCAUAAGAUACUUGUAUACAGAGAUAAAACUAUAGAGGGCGCUGUGGGCUUACCAGAGGAAACACUAGAAGAAAAUCUAAUGAAGCAUUUACUAGGAUUUUCACAAAUUAUCGAAUUACUGUCUAAACUCAAUAAACCUAUCAUUGGACAUAACAUGUUUUUAGACACAAUACUACUACACAAUCAGUUUAUAGGAAAACUGCCCGACAGCUAUGAUACAUUUAAGAAUAAUAUAAAUAAACUAUUUCCGACUAUAUACGACACUAAAUAUAUAUCACAUGAAAUGUCCAAGAAGUUAUCAAUAGACGAAGUAUGGAAAUCUAAUGCGCUUCAAGAUUUGUACGAGUUCUUCUCGCAAGGCAGAUGUAAGCGGCUAGAAAAAGGAGUAAACUUUAUACAGCUGACCACAGCGUUUGAUGUGAAACAAUCCUAUCACGAGGCUGGCUGGGAUUCCGCUUGCUCAGGCUACUGCUUCAUCCGUCUGGCGCACUGGGCGGGCUGCGAGCUGCGCGGCCACUACCGCCCCCUGGCGCCGAGCGAGAAGCUCGCGGCCGUGGCGCAGCACCGUAACAGGGUCAACGUGAUACGCGGCGCCGUGCCGUACAUGAACCUCAUGGGCGCGGAUCCUCCCAGUCACCGGCCAGACCUGCUGCACGUCAAGUCCAUGCAGGAACGCAUUAUCAACAUCGGCAAGGUAACAGCUAUUCUGGCGAACUUUGGUUCAAUAGACGUGAAGCCCUAUGGAAGACGCACUGCGCUUAUAGCGGCUAGUACUCAUAAUACGGUAGACAAGAUUUUAAAACAAUUCAAAGACAAUCGGGAGUAUAAGAUAACGAAGUUUAGUGCUUUGAAACACUCCGCUGUCAGCCGCGUGGCAUUAUUAAGCAGUGCGCUGCUCACAGGGAGUUUAUUCCUGUAUCUGCUGCAUAAAGGAGUUAAGCAAUAAGUAUGACAUUGAUACAGGUUGAAAUGAAACCUUCCUGCCAAAUUUUGAUAUAUUAAUCCUUGUUAAAAAUA